AUGUCUGUCAAUUAUGCUGCUGGACUGUCGCCUUACGCAGAUAAAGGUGUCUGUGGUCUACCUGAGAGGUUUGAUACUCCAGAGGAGUUGAAGGUAAAGGCAGAAACUCUCGCUCAGUUGAUUCAAGAAUCUCAGUACUUGGUUGUCCACACUGGAGCUGGAAUUAGCACCUCGGCAGGCAUCCCUGACUUCAGGGGACCCAGGGGUGUGUGGACGUUAGAAGAAAAGGGCGAGUCACCUCACUUCGAUACCACAUUUGAAGAUGCCCGCCCCAGUUUAACUCACAUGGCCCUCCUGGGACUGCAACGGGCCGGAUACCUCAAGUACCUCAUCAGCCAGAACGUAGAUGGUCUGCAUGUUCGCUCAGGGUUCCCCAGAGAUAAGUUAUCAGAGCUUCAUGGGAACAUGUUUGUGGAGGAGUGUGAGAAAUGCGGCAGGCAGUAUGUCAGAGAAAAGGUGAUCGGCGUGAUGGGUCUGAAACCGACAGGACGUUACUGUGAAGUGGUGCGAUCCAGAGGGCUGAGGGCCUGCAGAGGAAAGCUGAUCAGCACCAUUCUUGACUGGGAGGAUGCUCUUCCUGACGGAGAUCUGAACAGAGCAGAUGAUGCAAGCAGACGAGCAGACCUGGCACUGACUCUGGGCACGUCCAUGCAGAUCAAACCCAGCGGGAACCUCCCACUCCUCACAAAGCGCAAAGGAGGGAAGGUGGUAAUAGUCAACUUGCAGCCUACUAAACAUGACAAACACGCCCACAUGCGCAUCAAUGGCUAUGUGGACGAGGUCAUGAAACAGCUGAUGGAGCUGCUGGGUGUAGAAAUCCCAAAAUGGGAGGGACCAACUGUUUGUGAGAGCUCCACAGCCCCAUCCGAGUCCAGCCCAGACAUCAAACCACCUCACAACAUUCCUGCAAAGCAAAAGGUGAAAAGAGAAAACAUUGAGGAGAGAAAAAGAGAAGUAGCAAAGGUUGAGAGCAUCAAGGAGGAGGCAGUUUCUGUAAAGAGGGAGCGAGCAGACUUGUCGCUGGAGACAAACCAAGAUAAAUAGCCUCAGGUACUUUGUCCUCAUGCCAAGUUAACAACAAUUACCCGUCCAGAGAGAGACCACACGCCUGAAGGUGAUGAGUUUGAUGAUCGAGGACAGAAGUCGUUCCUAUGGCGCCCAGAGCAGAGACUCUGAUUUUGUUGAUCUGGCGCUGCCUUUGUAAGGAGCAGUGAAGCGAGACGGACUCACAAAUUGGACGCUUGUUUGGAAAUCUUGUUUUUUCCAAUAAGAACACGUGUGAAUACACGGAUAUCGAUGUAAACGAAGCUUUAUUUUCUUGGGUCUUUACCCGAGCAGGCCAG